UUAAAAAAUUAGCAAAUUUAUGGAAUGAAUAUAUAAUUAAAUAUAAAUUUACAGAGUAAAGGAAAUUCGUCUCUUUUUUUGUUUUAGCAAACUCAUCAAUCACAGGAUUAGGAUCAUUUAUUAAUGGACUACUCAAUUCUCAAAACUUGUAAGUUCUUUGUAGACUUCAAAAAUGUCAACUGCAGUAGUAGUAAUUUGGGUGUUCUGAGGCACUUUUUACGGGGAGAUGAAAAAAGUUAAAGGGGGAAAGUCCCCCUUGCAGCACAUUCGAUUACCGUAUAGCUAAAAAUUCUAAUAUGUAUAGUUGGGUGUUCUGAGGCACUUUUUACGGGGAGAUGAAAAAAAUUCAAGGAGGAAAGUCCGCCUUACAGUACAUUUGAUUACCGUAUAAUUAAAAAUUCUAAUAUGUAUGGUUGGGUGUUCUGAGUCACUUUUUACGGGGAGAUGAAAAAAGUUUAACCAGGAAUGUAUGCCUAACAGUGAAACAAAUCUCCCUGUAAUUUUAUAGAAAAAAUUCAAAGCGAUUUUUAAUUUGACAGACAAGAUAUUAUUUAAAACAUUUAGUCAGUUACUAUGCAACUGUUGUACAAUCAAGUCGUGUUAUUUUUUUUUUUUCCAGUAAAUUAUCUUAUUGAUUCGAUUUUUUUUUUUCAACUAAUUAUUUUAUGCUUUAUUAAAAACCAUGAAUUUACAGAAGUUUUCUAACGAUUUUCCUUCAUUGGUUUAUUUAGUAAGAAAUAAUUCGUAUCCAGUACAUUCAGAUUUUACUACAUUUUUAUCGAGAUUAAAAUCGUAUAAUUCAUUUCCACCUACUUUGUGUCAAAAUAAAUAUUCGUUAUCUGAGGCCGGAUUUAAGUAUUCAGGAACUGCUGACAUAGUCGAAUGUUUUUGUUGUGGACUGGUCUUGCAAAAAUGGACCAAAGAUGACAUUCCGUUUGUUGAACACGCAAAAUGGAAUCCUAAAUGUAUAUUUGUUUUACUUUGUAAGGGUAAUGAAUUUAUAGAAAAUGUAAAAAACGAAUAUCUAAAAUCUACACAUGUUUGUGAUUGUAAUCAAUCCAAAUCAUAAUAUGUUAUAACUUACUAUUUUACUUGAAGAC